AUGCAAUCACCAUCGUCAUCAUCUCGACUAGCUGCUAAUUUAAUAAAACAAGCUAAACAAACAUUUUCAAACAUUUUACGUAGUUCAAAUUUAAAUAACAAUCUAAACAAUAAUUGCACAUCUCAUGCUACUGAUGGGAUGAAAAGAUCACUUGACUUUGAACCAUUAACAAGAUUAUUGAGUAAAAUAACAAAACAUGAUUUAAAUUUUACAUUAUUGGAUGAUGUACGCUGUUUAUCUGAAUCAAAUUCAAAUUCAGAACAUUUUUCAUCAUCAGUCGCCUACGAAAAUGCGCUAACAUUUUUAAGUUCGAAAGCACCCGUUUUUUAUAUGAAACUAUAUGAAGAUAAUCUCAUAAGCGCUGGAAUAUUUAUUAUAAAACAAAAUCAUAAAAUGCCAAUACAUGAUCAUCCGAAUAUGUAUGGAUUAAUCAAAGUUCUUGAUGGACACGGCCAUAUUAAUGCUUAUAGCGCUCUUGGUCAACCACAAACAUCGGAUAAUGAAAAUUUAAAUUGUACAAAAACAACAUCAACUUCAAUUCAUGCACAAUCUGAUGUUGCUGUACUAUAUCCAGAUCGAUCAAAUAUUCAUGAGAUAUAUGCAACAAACAAUGAUCACUGUGCAUUUCUCGAUAUUCUAGCACCACCCUAUUCAAAUGAAAACGAUUGUAGUUUUUUUGAAGUAUUUCCUAAUCCAGUUGACAGUACAAAUAAUGCGACAUGUAGAUAUUUAUUGAAACGCGUAUACGCAACAGACUAUUACACAGAAUCAUUGCAAUAUACGGGACCGACCAUUUCGUGA